CCAUGUGCACAAAAAUAGCCAGGCUUUCUACUUUUCUAGCUAUACCUAGCUAGCCUCCUUGCACUGGGCUAUAUAUAUCUGCAUGGAAUGCAGGCCAAUGCAUCGCAUAGGUCAACCGAUCAAAUCAAUCUUCACAAGAGUGCCUUAAUUCUAGCUCGAUCGAUCACCACAAGCUAAGCUUAAUUAAGCUAGCUAUAGCAGCCAUGGCCUCUUCAUCUCUAUUACCAUCAGUCAUGUUGCUCCUGUGUCUAGCGGCAUCGGCGUCGGCGCAGCUUUCGCCGACUUUCUACGCCACGUCGUGCCCGAAGGCUCUGGACACCAUCAAGGCCGCCGUGACAGCCGCCGUGAAGAAGGAGAACCGCAUGGGUGCCUCCCUGCUCCGGCUCCACUUCCACGACUGCUUCGUCCAGGGCUGCGACGCCUCCGUCCUGCUCUCCGGCAACGAGCAGAACGCGCUCCCCAACGUUGGCUCCCUCCGAGGCUUCGAGGUCAUCGACAGCAUCAAGGCCCAAGUCGAGGCCCUCUGCAAGCAGACCGUCUCCUGCGCCGACAUCCUCACCCUCGCCGCCCGGGACUCCGUCGUCGCCUUGGGAGGGCCAUCUUGGACGGUGCCGCUGGGCAGGCGAGACUCGCUGACGGCAAACGAGGCAUUGGCCAACAGCGACCUUCCGCCGCCGUUCUUCGACCUUGUCAACCUCACAAAGUCCUUCGGCGACAAAGGAUUCUCGCUCACAGAAAUGGUGGCACUUUCAGGCGCUCACACAAUCGGGCAAGCUCAGUGCCUCAACUUCAGGGACAGGCUCUACAACGAGACCACGAGCAUCGACGCCGCCUUCGCGGCGUCCCUGAAGCCCAACUGCCCGCGGCCCACGGGCGCCCCCGGCGACGGCAACCUGGCUGCGCUGGACGUGAGCACGCCCUACUACUUCGACAACAAGUACUAUGUGAAUUUGCAGGCCAAGAAGGGGCUGCUGCACUCGGACCAGGUGCUGUUUAACGGCGGGGGAGCUGAUAACAUUGUCAGCAACUUCGCGUCCAGCGCGGCGGCGUUCAGUGGCGCAUUCGCGUCGGCGAUGGUGAAGAUGGGGAACCUUGGCCCGUUGACUGGGUCGCAGGGCCAGGUCAGGCUCAGCUGCUCCAAGGUGAACUAGGUUGAAUUUGAAUCCUCGCCGUUGUUUCAAGGGGAUGAGUGAGUGAAUCGAUUAAUAAGGCUCGCUAUAUAUGUGGCCAUUAUAUUCCUCAAUCAUAGUAUGUUUACAAGAUUGGGAAAACUGAGAAAGGUGCAUGUAUGUACUGAAGAUGGUGUGUAUGUGUACGUAUCACAAGGAAGGACCUCAUGCAAAGGCAUGGAGGAUUCCACUAUUAUACAUACGGAGUAUGAGUUACUUCUUGGCUAAAAAUUAAACGCUCUGUGUUUAGUGAUGUAGUAAUAUUAACGUGCUACCUAUGUAUCCAA